GCUCACAUAUGAGGAGUCCGGCGGUAGUGGCGCGUGCCCUGUCAUAAGUGUAACCAUCACGUACCCUUUGAGGCUCCUAAAUACUCUUCACAACGCAUGUGACCAGUUGUUGUGUCGCGUGUAACCUAGAUUGACGCAGCGACGGAGGGGCAGCCUGAGGGACCGAACACCGAUUCCUGGAUAAUGUCUGAGGGCGGCAGUCGGGGCGACGUGGCAAUGAGGGUGAUCGCGAAAGUCCACAGGCCGGGGGUCACGCCGGAGGAAAUGGUGGUCGGCUACAACGAGUGGUCCGAGAACUACGAGGAGAUGAUGAUCUGGAAAGGCGGGUACCGUGGCCCCGCCAUCACGCUGGAGGAGGCGCUGCGUUGGGUACCCCCGGAGCGGCGAGCUAAGGCCAGGGUGCUGGACGUGGCCGCUGGGACGGGCUGCGUGGGCCGCGAACUCCACCGGGAAGGCUUCAGGUGGGUGCCGCAGGGCCGCAGACAGGGGGAUGUCCGGUCACCAUACUUAAAUAUCCUCCAGUCCACUGCCUCCUGCCUGCCAGUGCCUCAGCCUCAACACGAGUCCAACGCCAAGAGAUGAAGAUGAUGUGUUGGAAAUUACAGCUGCUUCUGAAGAGGCAGGGCCGCUGGGUGGGAACUGGGAGCGGGCAGGAGCGGCAUUACUAUAGUCCAUCAACUCUAACCUAAAAUUGAGCCCUGUGACUUGGCCCGGGGAAACCCCCAUUGUUUACAGAUCUAGCGAUGACCUGCGCAUGACGUUUUGUCUCACUGUUAGUCUGUACGUUAUCUAUUUAUGGAAUUUACAUACAUUCAUAAUACGACUGCGUGGUGUUAUGAAUGGCUUGGGAUUAGAGGGAUUGAUUGAUUGAUUGAUUGAUAUAGAGUUUCUUUAAUGGCGCCGCAACAUCUUGGUCAUAUGGCACCGGAGUAAUAAAAUGUAAGGCAAAUAAUUAAAAUAAUCUAAGGGUGAUAAAAGUUAUUAGAAAGAUAGUUUUGAAAUGGUCCAUUCAGAUAUAGCACUAGUUUAAAAUAUAAUGUUUAUUAAAAAUGCAUUAGUGAAAUACAAAGAACUUUCUAUGAAGAGACCCUACAAGAGAUGGAGGAUGCCCAUCUCCUGCAGAUACCCCAUGACGUCAUGUCCAGGGGUGAGCGCCUUUUCACCCAGCAUUAGGGAAAGGGAAAAAUUCCCAUGUACAUCACGACACCGGGAGAGGUACUGCUCUCGCAGAUCCCGCAGACUGGGGCACUCGACCUGGGAUUAGAGGGAAAGACAACGACUCAGUAAACCUUCCAUAUC